CACACAUUCACAUGUCGUAGGAACUAUUUUUCGAUUGUUUUUUUUCCAUAGACAACAAAAAAUAUUAAAAACCUGAGCCGAAAUGCAUGCGACCAAGAUAGAGGAGGGCGAUGAUAGGGAGGACAUGGAACUAAAUCAAAUCUGGCGCGCCUGUCGUAAAAUUCAAGGCGCCAUUUUUCGUUAUAACUUUGACAUCUGUGCGGACCUGAAGCAGCACGAUCCAGGAUGCAGCGGCUUUGUAUCGGAACCCAUCUUCUCGGCGGUGCUGGGCAAAUAUCGCAAGGUGGCCGGCAUGUCCGAGACAGAGCUGAGGGACGUCACGGACUACUUUCAAAUACGCGAUGGACGCGUGGCCUAUCGUCAGUUCUGCAAGGUGGUCUGCAGCGAAACUUUACAAAAGAGCGCCAAGACAGACCUGGCCACGGGCCUCGAGUGGAAUGAUCCCUGGCAUGUGAAUGUCAUACCACAGCCGGAGGAUCGGCGGCGGCUUUGCUUGAUUUUGCUCAAGAUUGCACAGGAAUCAAACAUACCGCUGAUGCCUUACUUUCAGGACUAUGAACUGAUUGCUCAAAAUGUGGGCGUGGUCACGGUAUCGCAUUUCUCGCGUGUUUUGCACUUCAUGAAGUUACCGCUGUCGGAGCCGGACUUUUUGCUGCUGCUGCGACGCUACAUGAAGGAUGGCUACUUGGUCAACUAUGUGGCAUUCCUCAAGCACAUUGAUAACAUUGUUUCGUACCUAAAGGAACACCAGCUGCUGGAUAACUCUCGGGACAUCAUUAAGGACUUUCCCGGUCGCUUGGUGGACUUGGAACUCUCGCAGCUGCCAGCCGUCAAUGGCUGCAAGGUGGUGCAUCCCAUCUUUCCGGAUGCCUGCAAUCACCCAAAGAAGAAUCGCAGCCAAUGUGACAUUAUCUUUUGCAUACAGAACUAUGUCUACAAGAACCAAGUGCGCACCAGCGAGUUCCUGGAGAGCUUUGACGCGCUGCGCAUUGGCAGCAUCACCAAGAAUCAGUUUGAGCGCGCUCUGUCCAACAUGGGUGUGGGCAAGUAUCUGUCGCAGCGGGAGCUGGCUGUGCUGGUGGAUCGCUAUCUGGAUCCCAUGGACAUCAAUCGCGUGCGUUGGCGCAAUUUUGUGGAUGAAAUUGACGCGGUUUUCACCAUCAAAAACCUAGACAAGAUGCCGCAGUGUGUGGUCGAGUCGCCGCUGCGUCACAUCCAGGAGAUGCCCCGACCUGGCGCCGUGGACUGGCAGGCGACGCCGCAGAGCAUGCGUGAGCUGUGCGAGGAGGCGAUGGCCAAGAUACGCAUUCGCAUACGCAAUCGUCGCCUGUAUUUGCAUCCAUUCUUCCGCAGCUAUGACAAACUCAACAGCGGCCACGUGCGCUGCAGUCAAACCAAUCAAAUCUUUCGCACCAAUGGCAUUCUGUUGUCCAACCAGGAGCUCGAUGCUGUGCUGCAUCGUUAUGGCAACGAGCUGGGCUUCUAUUACACCAAGUUCCUGGAUGAUGUGGAUCCGGCGGAGUAUGCCAUGCCCAGCAUGGUGUCCAAGCAGCAGCUGCAGGAAUGUCCGCCCUUCGCGCGGGACCAUGUGCAGCCGGAGGUGGUCAGCGAGGAGACCAUCAUACGCAUACUGACCAGUGCCAAGCGUCAGGCACUGACCAAGGGACUGGCAGUCAUCGAUUUCAUGACCGACUACGACCGGCACCGCGAGGGCGAGAUUCUGGAGUCGGACUUUAGGCGUUCCCUCGACAAUUCGGGCGUCAGUUUGAGCGAGGAAGAGGUCACCAUUCUGUGCAAUAUCUUCCGUUCUCCGCGACGCACGGCCACCGUGCGCUAUCGUGACUUCUGCAAGGCUUUGGAUGAGAUUUUCAUACAACUCGAAUCGAAUAUGGCCGACCAGGUGGUGACUGCGGUGCCGCUGCUGCAUCUGCCCAAUCUGGACUGUGUCGAUUGUUUCCUCAGCUUCGAUGAGCGCACCAUUUGCUCGCAGGCACUCAUGAAGCUCGCACGCAAGCCCGACGAGAUAUCUAAUCUGAGUCAGGUGUUCAAGGACUUUGAUCGUGAGAGCUGCGGCUCCAUUACACAGAAUCAGUUCCUUCGCGGCCUCACCGUGCGCGAGAUGCACCAGAUGCUGAGCAGCCGCGAGUUUGAGGCCAUCUGCAAGUGUUUCGGCAUGAAGCGUGGCCUUUGUCUUGAGUUUAAUUAUCGCGAAUUCCUAAAAAUUCUCGACGUGCUCUUCACCACCGGCCAGGUGAAGCGUAACUAUUAGGAGUUACUUCUCUGCCGGCUCUUGUCACAAAAUUUCACAGUGUUUAAAUGUAGUUUUCGUUUUCUUUGUGCCAAAUUAAGUGUUAUACAUAAUGAAUACAACAAUUAGAGUUUA